UUAAGCAAUAUGGAGAAGCCAGACUUAUUUUUAAUCACUGGCACGUCAACUGGAUUCGGAAGCGGAUUAGUCCUUCAACUAAAUGCACAAGGACGCAAAGUAAUCGCGACUGCUCGCAAUGUUGAAAAAAUCAGAGAUUUUGAACAAUUAGAACACAUGUCUAUUCUCAAACUUGAUAUUUCAAGUUCACAAGAGGAAGUAGCACGCAUUGUUCAAGGAGCUAUCAAAAUCCAUGGAUAUGUAACUCACUUGAUGAACAAUGCUGCAUAUGGUGUUUAUGGUUGUGUCGAAGAGGCAUUAUUAGAACAGGCCAGGGAACAAUUUUAAACAAAUUAUUGGAUACUUCAAAGUAACUGAUGCAAUCUUACCUCAUUUUAGAACGCGUAAAGAAGGCGACAAGUUCAUCAGCAAUAUCAUCAUUGAUCGGAAUAACUACUGUCCCGUAUAUUCAUUCUAUUGUGCAACUAAGUUCGCAAUUAAGGCAACAUUUGAAGCAUUAAAAUCGGAAACUCAACAUUUGGGUAACAAGGUGUUGCUCAUCAAACCUGAAUACUUCCGGACCAAUCUCUUACAAGCGGAAACGAACAUUCAGAAACCGACAAAUAGAAUAGCUGACUAUGCACCUAUUAAAAACGCUUUAGGUAAAGUAAUCCAGGGGAAGCAUGGAACAUGGUGAUCCUAAAGUUGGAAGUCAGAGAAUAAUCGGGCUCAUGACUAACAUUGGUUUCACGAAAGAGAUUGCGCAUGGGAAUGUU